UUCUUGUAUAUGUUGGCUUUGACACAUUAGUGUAGUCCUACUGAGAAGGCAAUCAUGCAGAAGGAGUUCAUGCCAUAUUGGAACCUCACUGUCACAGUGUUGAGAGCAAAAUUCAAUCAGUCACAUGACAUAUUGACGGAUUCUGACUGCUAUGUUGUCUUAAAAUUACCCACGGCCUGCACCUGCUCUCAUCGCACCAAGACCAUCACAAACAGCAAUGCACCAGAAUGGAACGAAACCUUCCAAUUCAGAUUACACAGUGGUGUCAAGAACAUUCUGGAACUCUACAUCUAUGAUGCUGACACCAUUACAAAAGAUGACUGCUGUUCUACCGUCCUGUUUGAUAUUAGUAACCUCACACUUGGACAAAAGAUGACAAAAUGCUUCAUUUCAGAUGAUCAGAAAAAUAAUGAGUUGUGGGUGGAGUUUAAUGUGACACCAAGCCUUGAGAGUCCUGUGCAGUACCUCUCUAAUGGAGUGUUGAUGGCAGCUCCGUUGUGUGCACUCGAAGUGAAAGCAGAUACACUAAGGACUAAUGUAAACAACCUUCUAUUAAAACUGAGAGGUGCAUUUAAAGAAGACUGUAUGCUGUCAGACUCUAUGUCCUACUACAUCAAUCAAGACCUGGAAACUGAAUUUAGUCUCAUGCCAUCACAGAAUGUAACAGACGUAGAUGGUGGAUCUGUCAACCAUGUAAACCCGCUGUCCACUGUCGCAAUAAAACCUGUACCAACUAAAAAAAAGAUCAAACUCUCUUUGCCUGUUGGAGAGGGUUCAGUACACCUGCAAGUAAAGACAGAACACCGCUCUAGUGAAGACAUGAAUGUACGCCUGGAUUUUGAUAUCCCAAACGAAGAAAAUAAUUUUAUGGUGAUGAGGAGGAAAGUUGUGUCACAAGCGCUACAGAAAGCUCUGAAACUCACCUCACCACCAGAACCCAGCAAGGUCCCAGUGGUGGCUGUGUUGUGUUCUGGAGGUGGGUCUCGGGCAAUGACGGCCACACAUGGAAGCCUUCGAGGUCUACAGAAGCUUCAAAUCCUUGAUGCUGUCAGCUACAUCACAGGAGUUUCUGGCUCCACCUGGGCAUUGGCCUCUCUUUAUGGUGAUGCUGACUGGUCAAGAUGUGAUAUGAACGUGACUAUAGAGUCUCUUAAAAAAGAGCUCUCUAAAAAUGUCUUAAGUUUGUUUUCUCCCGAGCAGCUGCGGCACUACAAAGAAAAAAUGGAAGAGAAAGCAAAACAAGGACAUUCUGUCUCUCUCAUUGACAUGUGGGGGCUGGCUAUAGAGUACCUCAUACAUGGGAAGAAAAAAAUGGUUAAUCUGUCUGACCAGCAAACGGCGCUGUUAAAGGGACAGAACCCUCUUCCAAUCUAUACAGCUAUAAACAUAAAGAAUGGCAAGAAAGGAAAUACAACAGAGGCUGAAUGGUGUGAAUUCACUCCAUAUGAAGUUGGAUUUCUCAGGUAUGGGGCGUUUAUACCUGCACAAAACUUUGGGAGUGAAUAUUAUCUUGGUCACCUGGUCAAGAAACUGCCUGAAAUUGGGAUGUCCUCACUAUUGGGAAUAUGGAGCAGUGUUUUCUCUUUAAAUCUGACUGAUAUUUGGUGUUUUGUCACUGGAGUUACUCCAUUCUGGGCCAACAAGAUAGGAGAAGGCGUCACACACACAGACACAGAUGGUAAAGCAUCAACGCUGGACACGGUCCAUGUCGGUCCCAUCACUGAACUGGCAAAAAGAUUAAGCGACUUUCUUACCAGCCGCCCCAUUAUCAGCCAAGCGUACAAUUUUCUGAGAGGUUUCCACCUGCACAAAAACUACACUGAAAACAGUGACUUCAUCGCAUGGAAGGAAAACCACCCAGAUGCUUUCCCAAACUCUCUCACACCGGCAGACUCCGCACUUGGCCUUGUAGACUCUGGUUUUAUGCUCAAUAUAGCAUUUCCUCCUGUACUACGCCCCAAGAGACGUGCAGAUGUUAUUUUGUCUCUGAACUACUCUUGGAAUGUGGACCACUUCAAGGCCCUGAAGCAAACUUAUGAGUACUGCAUUGAUCACAAGAUUCCAUUUCCAAGGAUUGAUUUAAAAAAGCUGGAUUCAGAGCCGAUUAAGGAAGUUCAUGUGUUUGAGGAUCAAGAAAAUCCAGAGGCUCCUGUAGUGCUUUACUUUCCUUUGGUCAACAUCACAUUCAAACAGUUUAAAGCUCCUGGAGUGAAGAGAGAGGGUAAGAUCGAAAUGAAGGAAGGUGAUUUUGAUAUCGACUUCACUAGUAACUCUUGUCCAUUUGCUACACACAACUUUACUUAUGGACCUGAGGACUUUAAGAAGUUGUCCGACCUCACCACCUACAACAUUGUAAACAACAAAGACAUCAUUCUAAACACCCUUAACAAAGCACUUAAGAAAAACAUGAAGUGAACCCAUAAGUUGCAAGCUGUUACCCACCUUUGUAGAUUUGAUUCCUAGAUUUGCUUCCUAGAUUUAAAGCAGAUUUAAAAUAUGUUGUGUUAAAUAUUGUAUUUUACCUUUUCAUUGUAGUUGAUAGUGUGAAUCAACUUAAUGUAUUUAUUUGAAUUUUGAUAAAAAAAAUCCUACAUAUCAUGAUGUGAUGUGAUAAAUAUAUAUAGUCAGAAAACCUAGCUGAGGACAAUUUAUCACCAAAUAAAACCUGAUUAUUGAAUUCAAUUAUAUUUAUAUUUUUCAAUAUUUUACUACAGUACAUCAACUAAGACAAAAGAAUAUACAUACCCAUCUUUUUCAAUGUGUACACUUAAUCUUUCGUGUCAUGAAUGUGUUAACAUUUAUUAUAAAACGGGCAGUUCUGAUUCUUCAUUCUGAUUGGUUGAAACGCGUUCUAAGCCGUGAUAAAAUACACCGGUAACCUCACGGUUCAGUAGGGAUGGGUACCGAAACCCGGUAUUAAACUUGCCCCGGGGCUAAAUUAUUAAAGACCGUAGUAUCAGUAAGAUCUGACCAGUGUUGGGAGUAACGCAUUACAAAUAUAAUAUAUUACAGUAAUAUAUUAGUUUUUGCUGUAACGCAGUAAUAUAACGCAUUACUAAUAAAAUGUUGGUAAUAUUUUACUCGUUACAGUCUUAGUAACGAGCGCGUUACAACAAUGCAUUUCAAAAAUAGACGUGUUAUUUAAUUUUUUUUAUUUUUGACCAAUGCGCGCGACCAGCAUCUACACAGGAAAAAGCUGCGGGUAAAAUAGUAAUGGCUGCGUCCCAAACAGCAUACUUCCAUACUAUAUAGUAGGCGAAAAGCACUACUUCUCGUACUCUUUGCCUACUAUAUAGUAUGGAAGUAGGCGGUUUGGGACGCAGCGUAUGUCUGUUUCCAGGUGCUGUAUGCAGCAUAUUCAUUUUUACUUUAAUUUUGUAUUUGAUGCGUUUCUUAAAGAGCCGAAUCUGGGAAGUCCGCGGCUGUAUAAGCAUUGACUAAAGUGGUCGCAAUCAGGUCCGGUAGCGCCGCAUACGCAAAAUUCUGCGAAUGAGAGCACUAAAUAAAAGCAACAGAAAUUUUCUAUCGGUCUCCUGUGCUGCUUGAACCUCAGAAGUAAAGAAACUUUUAGAAACUUGCCAGUAAAAUCCAUUUCACCACACCAGCAAUGACAAGGUCAGCUAACGUUGCUAUGGUUACAGUCCAUAUACAUAAUAGAUUGCUAGGUUAUUCCUAUGCUAUCUACAGUUUUAUUACAAAAAGCAACCUAAACUACAACAUAACAUAAAUGUAGACUUUAACAUGGUUAUCUAAAUAGAACAUUUAAACAUCACUGUUUAAAGUUUUACCAGCCUUUGUAUGGGAGCCUAUAUUCAUUGUUUGGCAAAAAGCAGUGUUCCUCUGUUUGUCUAUGUUGUAUUAAGCAGUUAUAUGUCAGCCUACAUGUAAUCCUUAUAUUGUACUGAAAUGAGCUGUAUUCCUUGAGGCCUGAUCCUCCCAAUAGCACUUUUUGAUAAGUUGUGUCAACCCAACAGGGACGUGCACAGACAUUUUGAGGGGCAGGGGCUCAAGUGAAA